AAAGAGCCGACGACAAGUACAAACAAGAGAAGCAAAUUGCAAACACCCAUCAGCAUUGUUUAUUGGAGCGGCUUCGUGUUUAGUUUGUUUAAAAAAAUGGGUUGUUGUGGUUGUGACGAUGAAGAAGAACAACGUUCUGCACCUACACACAUUCGAGGAUGUACCGAUAUAUUUUGGCUCGUUCUUUUCAUUUUAUUUUGGUCCCUAAUGAUUCUAAUCGCUGCGUUUGCCUUUGUUUAUGGAAAUCCAAUAAGAUUAAUAAAUGGAUAUGAUAGUUUCGGAAACACCUGCGGAGUGAAAAAUAAUCCUAAAUUUGGAAAUAUGGAAUUAUCCGGUCAGGAUACUAGCGAGAAACCGUAUCUAUUCUUCAUGGAUGUGAAAAAUGUAAAAACUUCAUUGAAAAUUUGUGUGAAAAAAUGUCCGGAUCGCAAACUGGAUACAAUGAAUGAUGUUUGUCAAUUUUAUAGAGAAACUGGAUCACAAUUAUGUCACGAUAGCCCCGACAGUAAUUUCAGUGCAUGUAAUAGUAGUAAUAAUAAAAAUAAAACUGGCUCAUGUCCUAGAUUGCCAGUUUUCGACAGUAUUUCAGUUUUAAAUCGUUGUAUUCCAAAGGCAGUUAAAGAAACGGCCGGAGCCAUUGUUUCCAAUUUAUACGGUGUCCUCAAUUCAUGGGAUGUGAUUGAACAAGUUUUGGGCGAUUUGUACAAAACUUGGAGAGAAAUUUUGGCCUUCGCAUUCCUCGCUUUUGUUUUGUCUCUCUUGACGAUUGCAAUUUUCCAUUUAUUGGCGAGUGUCGUAACUUGGAUUAUAAUGGUUCUUGUCAGCAUCUCCUGCGUUGCCGGCACGGGAUUAUUGUGGUGGACUUAUUUUGAUAUAAAGAAGAACUUGGAUAAUACUGAUGAUUCACAACUCCUUGAGGAAUCAGUUCGAAAUGAAAAGGCAUUUUUGGCCUUCUCUAUAAUUGCCACAGUGAUAACUGUAGUACUGCUCUUUUUGCUUAUCACUCUUCGAAAACACAUUGGAUUCAUGACGAUACUUUUUAAAGAGAGCGCCAAGUGUUUGGCUGAACUUCCCGGAUUAUUUUUCACACCUCUGCUGACAUUUGUGGCGCUAUUAUUAUUCUUCGUUUACUGGGUGGCGGUUAUUCUGUCUCUUGCAACUGCCAAUUAUCCAGGUACAAAACCAGUCAAAGAAUACGAUAAUUUUAUAUUCGAUUCGACAUUCAAUGAAUCGGCAAUUGCGAGAAGGAAUUUUCAAGACGAUCACAAAGUCCUUGAUAUUGGACUCGACAAUUAUAAAACCUUCACGUUCGUCGAAUAUGUAGAUUCAACUUGGGUAAAGUACAUGUGGUGGGUUUAUAUUAUUGGAUUGAUUUGGACUUCAGAAUUUAUCAGUGCUUGUCAAAAUAUGGUCAUUUCUGGAACUGUUGCCCACUGGUAUUUUCGAGGCAAAGAUGCGAGUCCUUCACCAGUUUGCUCAGCAUUAGGAACAUUAUUCUGCUAUCACUUGGGUUCCGUUGCCUGUGGAUCAUUUCUAAUUACUCUCUUCAAAUUGCCACGUUUAAUUCUCACAUUCUUGCAUCAGAAAUUCGAAAAAACGAAAGAAACUUCACCUUGCGCUCAAUGUGGCCUAAAAUGUUGUAUUUGUUGUUUUUACUGUUUGGAGAAGUUUAUUCGUUUUAUGAAUCACAAUGCCUACACUGUGGUGGCAAUAGAGGGGACAAAUUUUUGUAAAUCUGCGAGAGUAGCUUUUGCUACAAUUGUCAGCAAUGCAGUUCAAAUUGCAGUGAUCAACAGCGUGGGAGACUUUAUUCUCUUUUUGGGAAAAUGUUUCGUGACCGCCGCUACUGGAAGUAUUGGUUUACUUUUUCUAAAACACAAUACUCGACUCUAUUUUUAUGCAGCGCCGGUAUUUGUCAUUUGCCUGUUUGCCUUUUUCAUCGCACAUUGCGUCAUUUCACUUUACGAGACAAUUAUCGACACGCUGUUCCUCUGCAUUUGCGAAGACAAAAAUCUAAAUGGAGAAAAUGGAAAAUGGCGAGAAUCCGGUUUGGCUCAACUUGGACAAAGUACAAAUACAAAUGGUCAACAAUCACACGAGUUAGCUCCAAUGAAUCAAUAAGAAUUUUUUUUAUAUAAAAUCCGUUUUUUAUGUUGCUUCCAAGGUAAGUUUUCCAAUUUCCCAACAUAUCAAUUUUUAAACAUUUUUGCCUAAUUUUUUUGUACUAAGUAUUUCUGAAUUUUUGAGAAGAAACAUUUGUUCUCUUUCAAGUUAUUCAUAAAAUUGAAAUCAUUUAUAUGAAGAUCAAUUAUAAUUGACAGAAUAUUUUAGUUCUGUAAAUUUUCACUCUUCUUAUUUA